AGAGUUAUUAAUCAUUAAAAUCACAGGCAGCUCUGACGUUUUGCUGCACCUGCUAAUUGCACCCGCUAACUACAGAACCCAGGACGAUAAACCAUUUUAAACAGCUCCUGGGAUAUAGAGGAAUUAUAGAAGAAAAGGCCCAGAAACAGAAAACAUUCUUUUAAUUUUAACCUCAGUAAAUAAAAGUAGUAUUUUGGGAUGCAAACCUCAUACUUCCGGGGCAGGGGUGUGGGGAUAAAACCCCAAAUCACCCCAUAGUCCAUUUUAAAAUUAUUGUUACUUUAAUCUGAAUGCAUCAAUAAUACAGUGGUACCUCGGGUUACGAACGCGAUCCGUUCUGGAUCGCAGUUCGUAACCUGAAAAGUUUGUAACCCGAAAAUGGUGUUUUGCGCAUGCGCAAAGCGCUAUUUUCGCGCUUUGCGCAUGCGCAAAUGCACGCGGCGCUUCUGUGCACGCGCUGAAAAUACUUCCGGGUUUGCACAGUUCGUAACCUGGGUUGUUCGUAACCCGAGGUACGACUGUAAUAAGAAAUGCUCUGAAGCUCAACAUGAGUCAUUUUAGCUCCUGUUUAUGUGCUUCUGUCCAUCUGGUGGGAACCUGGAAGAAAACACCUAUUGGCACUGUUUGCCCAACCCUCAGGUUCAUUCGGUUAACUUCCUUCUCUUUGCAACGUCGCCCUUUCUACAACUUCCUUACUCUGCCAAUCAUCUUUAGAGGCAGCUUCCGGUGACCAGGCUGAAGGCAGUACAAAGGUCCAGGGCUUCUCAGAAGGGCUUUGGAAGUGAAACCGGGCAUUCAGCUCACUGCGAGUCAGUUUGCCUAGGGGAGAAAAACAUAUGGUCGACAUGGCUCAAAGGCAGAUUUUGAAAGACGAACUCUCCAAGCUUUUCAAUGAGCUCUGGGAUGCUGAUGUGAACCGCUUUGUGCCUGGAAAAGACUAUACCAUUUCCUUACAGGGGAAAGCUGGCUAUGUACCGCAGGGCAGUAAUGCGGCCAGAGACAGCGCUUCUGAACCAUUGUUUUGCAGCGUAAAUGAACAACGCCUGAAGAACACGGAAACUUAUUCAACCUUUAUUUCCCUAUUGGACAACUAUGAGACAUCAACUGGUAUGGCAGAGCUGGUGACGGCAGAGGAAAUAGCUGAAAAUAACCACUUUCUCGAUGCAGUGUUAGAAACUGAAGUGAUGAAAGUGAGUACAGGAGUGGUAGGAACUCCAAUAGUUUGCUUUAGUUCAGCAGCACCAGUGCCCAUUAUCCUGGGAUUUUGCAACCUAAAUGAACCUAAUAUAUAUGAACCUAAUAUAAAUGAAAACACACACACACCCUGGACUUUGUUUCUGAAUUAGCACCCAAGAGUUAAACCAGGCAUCCCCAAACUUCGGCCCUCCAGAUGUUUUGGACUACAAUUCCCAUCUUUCCUGACUGAUCCUGUUAGCUAGGGAUCAUGGGAAUUGUAGGCCAAAACAUCUGGAGGGCCGCAGUUUGGGGAUGCCUGAGUGUGAGGGACAGGGGAUAUCGCGAAGUCCCUCCCCUCCUGAGUUCAAGCCCGUCCCCGAGCAAAGGGGAAAGCAGGGAGAGUUCCGAUUCCAGUGGGGAAGCAGGAAGUCGUGUCCGAGGCUCAGGCAAGGUAGAGGAGCCAGGGUCCCAGGUGGGACAGGAAGGGGCAAGUAAGGGGGGAAGACCCAUCCCCCCAACUCCAGAAUUACGCAGGAAGAGGAGGGGCAAGAGGAUGGGUCUGCCAAAGCUUUUGUGCUGGAGAA